CUGGGGCGGCGGGGCUCCGCUGGGUCCGGCGGGGCUCCGGCGGCAGGAUGAGCAGCGGCUACAGCAGCCUGGAGGAGGAGGACCCCAUCGCCGACGACUUCUUCUUCACCGCCCGCACCUCGCUGUUCCGCAGGCCCGGGGGCCCCGCCAAGGCCCGGCACCUCCCCGCGGAUGCUGAGAGAGAGAGAGAAACCCACAGUUAUCUCAGCCAAGAAGAAAUCAAAGAGAAGGUCCAAAGCUACAAUUUAGCCGUUACCGACAAACUGAAGAUGACUUUGAAUUCCAACGGGAGCUACACUGGCUUCAUCAAAGUUCAGCUCGACCUCUGCAGGCCCGUGACGGUCCGGAGCCCCCGGAGCCCCCCGAGCCCCGGGACCCCCGCUCUCAGUCCCGACGGCUGCAUGAACACGCUCCACAUCAGCAGCACCAACACCGUGCGGGAAGUCAUCGAAGCGCUGCUCAGAAAGUUCCUCGUCGUCGAUCACCCUACCAAGUUUGCACUUUAUAAACGCUGUCACAGGGAAGAUCAAGUUUACGCUUGCAAGCUUUCGGACCGAGAACACCCCCUCUACCUGCGCUUGGUGGCCGGGCCCAGGACCGACACGCUCAGUUUUGUCCUGCGGGAGCAUGAGACCGGAGAGUGGGAAGCCUUUAGCUUACCAGAGCUACAGAAUUUCUUGCGGAUUCUCGACAAAGAAGAAGAUGAGCAACUGCAGGGAGUAAAAAGGCGAUACGCAGCUUACAGACAUAAACUUGAAGAAGCCCUCAGCGAAGUGUGGAAACCUGGUUAAGAACCAAAGGAACCUCAGGGAAAACGCAGGCUACCGGGAAUGAACGUAGCACGCUCCGUCCACCCAACAGAACAGCAGCCAGUGGACUCUUUGUUCAAACAGGUGACUUUCCAGUCUUGUCAUGCCAGGGUACCUCCUCAUCUUUAGGCUUGGCCCCAAAAACCUAAUAGUGGGGGUUCCCUGCAUCCGUGUCUCCGGGACUCCGCCAGCUUGCUACGUGUAACCGCCCCCACCUGCUUCGGCCGGGGGAGGCUUUUUAAGGUGUGCGCUCAGGACAGAGCCGUUAGAUAAGAGCCGGAGGAUCCUUCAAAUCGCACGCGCUGUGGGGCUCGUCACCCUCGUUUAGUUCGUGGUGUUCCGUGAUGACGGCUUCUGGCCUGAGCCCGGACCAGCCGGCCGCGUUCAGACGAGCUUCAAGAAGAGUCUGUGGGGGACUCUCGCACCCAAGACCCGCCGACAGCCCUGCAUCGCGUGAGCAAAAAGACUAAGGGACCUGGGAUCUUGCGGGCAGGGUGUGAACGGGUGGGAAGGAAGAGAGGGUAGAGCAAGUCGUAAAGAAAGGUAGAGCAGGGAGACGGAUGGGGAGAUCCGCUAGAUGGGUGGCGGAGGCCGAGGAAGAGGGGGCCGAGCUCACACCCGAAACACUCGGGGAGCGGGGCGGUUGGAGAGCUUCUCCCGGCAACACCCGUGAGGAGCAUCUUCUCCCAGCCCGCAGGCAGCCUUCCAGGAUCGAUGAGGUCCUCGCGCCAGGGGGAAGAGGGAAGAAAGGCGAUGGCAGAUCAGGAACUUCAGCUAAGGUUGAGCGAGGAGGAGUGAAAUCUUGGGCUCUUCUAAGCAGUCCCAAAGCUUGAACCUCUCUCCCCUCUCCCUCUGCGGCGGCUGCUUUUAUUUUAACUGUCGGACGGGGACGGAGCGUGAUCGUCUGGUCCCCUAGACCUCCGCCAGCAGCGUGAUGGGGAAGGGAGAGAUGGAGGAGUCCGCCCCUAGCUGGGAGUGGCACCGUCAUUCUCCCAGAAAUAUUUAUUUCAAGCAGUAGAAGCGUGUUCCAAGCAACCAAAGAAAUGGGUGUGCAAUAGCUACUUUGCAGAAACGAGGCUGGAAUCGCUUCAGGCCAUCAAAGCAAAAAGGGUUGGGGGGGAGAAAUGUGCAAAAGUCUAAGAGAGGUUAAAGAGAUUGUUCUAAAAGCCAUUUUUUAAAUAAAUUCCCAAGGAAUUGUGAACACUUUGACACCUAAUGGAUUUGUUCUGAAUCUCCAAGGUGUUUCAGUUCUGGGGGUCGAAGUGAACUGUGCCUUUCCUUGUUUCCUGUAUCAACUGCUGACAGCUGAGGUUUUAGACCUUUUCCAGAUCAUUUUGUUGUUUCUAUGCAGUGCUCCACACCUUAAAGGUGACAAUCAUAACUUUAAGCUGUUAAGGAAAAUUGAAAUUAAGGCUAAGAUAAAGCAUGGCAUAUCUUGUUUGUUCAGUUUGCAUGUAACUACGUAGUGCAUGGUUGAAGGUUUCUAGCGACUUUGCCAUUCAGUUCAGGGAAUGCUUCUGUAUUUUAAGUAAUGGUUGGAUCACUCAUCCUGCAGCCUGUGAUGGCUCUUGUUCUGCUCCACUUAAUCUGAGUCAGCCAUCCCAGUUGAAUUCAAUUUUGUAUUUCAGGAAUUUUUUUUUUCUUCCAGAUUUCAACACUGUUAAGAGUUUAAAAGUGGUAGUUUGAGUAUCUGUGAAUUUUUGAUUUUUACUUGAAGUAGGUUGUAAAUGGGUAAUCUCAUUUAUUUUAAGCCAGCAACCUCAUUGUUUUACGCACUACGUUAUUUGGAAAACCUUUUAAAACUAUUUAAGCUUUAAGUAGUUUUAAAAACUAUUCCUAGUUAGUGCUUGAGACAGAUUUUUCUCUCACACUGGUUUCUUCAGCAGCUUUUUUUUAUGUCACAGAGAUAGAGGUCAUGUAUGACCAGAAGGGUUUCGGUUUUACAAGUGAUUGUUUUUAUUAAAUUAAGCCGUCAGAGCUUUGCCGUAGUGCUAUUUUCUAUUCAACAGUUGAUGGUACAGGGAAGAUGUUUAAAUGAUGCGGUCAUGCUGGGAAGCAUUUUAAAUUGUAGAAGAUAAAUUAGUUCUACUAUUUAUAAUUUUGACAUUUAAUUUUAUUUUUAUAGGGAAGAUUCUUUUCCCCUUAAAAAUUAUUUCUGAAACGGCAGAUUGACUCCAUUAUUAAAGUUGCAGUUGUCACAA